UGUAGAUAGCCGUUCGAUGAUUGAUUCAGGCUCGAUUGCUUCAGCCUGGCUACUGACGCUCUUCUUUCCAUUGCUUCUGCCUGCGCGCGGGGUCCAUUGAACGAACAUGGCGGCUACUCCAGCAACAAAUCCGUCACAGUUGCUCCCACUUGAGCUUGUGGACAAAUGUAUCGGCUCCCGAAUUCACAUAGUCAUGAAAACCGACAAAGAAAUCGUCGGCACCCUGCUGGGUUUCGAUGACUUUGUCAAUAUGGUCCUGGAAGAUGUAACAGAAUUUGAAAUCACACCAGAGGGAAGAAGGAUAACCAAACUGGACCAGAUCCUCCUCAAUGGCAAUAACAUCACCAUGCUCAUACCCGGAGGGGAAGGUCCUGAAGUAUGAGAGCCGUCACUGAAUGCUGAGACAGUUUUGUGUUGCGGUUACAAGCCUUUCCUAUGUUGUGUUCCUUGGUUGAUUAUGUCAUUGUUGUUGUUUUCGGAUCAUUAUAAUAUUUUUGUAAUACGAUUCCUAAUUGAGUACUUGUUAAAAAAAAAAAAAAAGAAAGAUAAAUCAUAAGUGCAUCGUGACCAAAUGAUACAUGACAAAUAAGCAUUUUUUGUUAUAAAUAAACGAGUCACACAAUUUGAAAAAAA